CCGUUUCCUAGUCUUAUUGUAGAUAUAGAAAGAGGCCUAUGCAUUGUGAGCAAGCACAACCUUUUUUCUAUAAAAGUCAACCCUCUUUCAUUUCUUUUUCGUUCCUUCUUCUUACAUAUUGGAGUACAUUCUUUGCAGUUUCCCUCGGAAGCAUAGCACGAAAUCACCUUUCCAAAUCUUAUCAGAAGUCUUUGGCCCUCCGAAAAAUUAAUUAUUAUGCCCAGUCCCCUCUGGAACAGAAUGCGACCAGCCACUCCAGGAAAUGGCACCCAGCCAACCGGCGGCGUCCAAGCCGUUCAUUUGAACUAUCCAACCUAUCAGGGCUCGAUGCCUUACGGAGCACCGCCUUACUGGCCUAUCUACCAAGCUCCGUAUUCGCAGGGAAACACGUUCGGACAUAACCCGCAGUCCAUGGCCAAUUCUACAGAGCAAUCUGUUAAGCCAGUUGACAACAAACCCGAAGAAACGGAGGACACAUACAUGCGAAUACUCCGCCAGAGCCUCCCCAAUCUCAGCGGCCCUGAGCUUCGAGAGAUUAUCCUCGCUGUAUGCCUGAAUUCGAAGACGAUGUCUAACAGCAACACCUUCAACAGAUUCUUCGCCUACAUCAGGGAUAAGGAAGAGGAGCAGGGAAUCACCAUUCAGAACCUCGGACAUGGCCUUGCUAUCCAUUUGUUGCACUUUCCUCCUGCUGAGCUCGAAGGUUUCGUGGUUAAGAUCUGCGAGAAGGACACCUCGACCCUGACGAGAGACACCGUUCGACGCUUGGUCCAGGCUAGCGAGACUCGAAAGGAGAUUUGCCGUUCGCUGUGUUAGGGGGUAUAUGGACGGUGCUAAGGGUCGUGAACUGAGGAUGUCUUUGAUUUUAUGAGUUCGUACGAAGGCCCAGGGAGUUAAUGGGGGGUUCUGAUCCGACCUCAGAUGGAGUGGUAUUAUCGAUGGUGCUUUCUUUUCGAUUGAGAGUCUUACGACUUGUGAAAGGGGAGGAGGAUUCAGGUCGUGGCUAUAAAAUUGUUUCUACGUAGGAGUCGCACCGCAUAAUAGUUAAUACAAC